UCCGCCACCCAAGGAACAACUGAUCCCUCCCUUUAUUUUUCUAGGAACUUCGACGCACGGCGCGUCGUACAACACAUCCACACAAGACCCCUCAAGCCUCCCAUACAGGCUAACCGUCUUAUUACCUUUUUAGGUAUCGCCGACGAGCUCACAAAGCUUGUCCCAUCAAAUUCAAGUCAGGUUCAUUAACCGACGGCCAACUGAGCAAUCCCCGACUUAGAUAGCCCGGGACCUCAGGGAAGUUUCUGCAAGAAGAAGCUGAAGAAUCGGUGGUACACUCCUAUCACCUCAAGAAUUCCCCUCGCCUCUUCGACACAUCCACACACACAUCAAAAACUUCCGUCUGCGACAUUACUGGUGACCACCGCAGGGGGUGUAUCGCAAACACCCAUCACAGGAUCAAGAACCAAACCUCCAACUCUAUCGGACUUACAGCUUUCUCUUGGACUAUACCCAUUCGAUCAGACUCACACUUUUAUACAGGACACUAUGGUCGAAGCACGCGGAGUGCUAGACAUGCCACCACGGCGGAGCAGAGAUGCUCCAGAAACUUUCAAAGGCGACUACACCACCAUUCGGGACUUCAUCAUGGACUAUGAACAAUUAUGCCGCAAGCACAACAUCGACGACGACGCUGACAAGGUUUCCCUCAUCAGGAGGUACUGCUCUAGGUCGGUCAGGGAAGUGAUAGAGGGCAUGCUCUACUUCACUAACCCUGACUGGGACAACUUCAAGAGAGAACUUCUGUGCAAAUACAACGACGACCGGAACGACCUCAAAUUCUCCCUUCGCGACCUUAGGGAGCUCGUUGCUCUUUCCAAACAAGACACCAUCUCCAACAUCGACGAAUUCAGGAACUAUGAGCGCAACUUCAUUCGCGUCGGCGGAUGGCUCCUAGGAAAAAGCAAGAUCAACGAACAGCAGAGCAACUACUAUUUCUGGAAAGGACUACCCAAGACGCUGCGAAACCAACUGGAGCGAAAGCUCUAUGAACUCUAUCCCACUGACAUUGACGUUACAGUGCCUUUCAAGAAGGAACGUAUCAUCGCCGCUGCUGAAGUACUCUUCCCUAGGAAUCGAUUCGACAUGGACGACUCUGACGACGAAGAAGAUCUCGGUUUCCUCAAAAAGCGAACGCUCUCUAGAAAACCUCGCCUAUUUGCAGGGUAUAACGACGACGACGACUCAGAAUCUGACACUCUAAUAGAGGAAUCAGAUGACGAAGACCGCUGGCGAUCUCACCACAAGACAAAGAAGAACAAGACCAAGGACACCCUCGCAUCGGCAUAUCCACAGCAACUGGACAACAAGAAGCAGGAAGAAGUCGAACAGCUUAUCACACAGCUACACGGUAUGUCUCUGAACGACCCAACUUAUGCGGCUCUAUAUUACAGAGCGAAGAAGAUCGACCCUGACAUUGUUGGAGUCGUAUCGGCCCCCUCGACUAUGGUACAAUCGACGCCUCAAGUUAUGAACAGGAACUAUAACUCGACUCCACCUAUGCCGACUCAAGUUCAAGCACAGCCACCACAGCCGCCGCCUCAGCCUCAACCACAGCGACAGUAUCAACAGCAAUCACCCUCGACAUUCCCCAGCAAUUUUAGGGCGACCCAAUUCAUGUGUUACGGAUGCGGACAGGCAGGGCACAGGAUAGCAGUCUGUCCUGAACUCAAGCCCUACCGUGAUCAGCACUACAUCAAGACAGUUGACGGACGACUCGUGCAAGCUAACGGCGAACCCAUACCUAGGAAUCCAGGCGAACCUAUGAUCAAAACCAUCGAGCGGAUGUUCCCAAGGUCUAACAUCACAGUGGUUCCAGAAGAACUCGACCAGAUCUGGCUGAACAAUGAACAAGAACAAGACGACGACGACGAUGAAGUCACUGUCUAUAUGGCACGUGAUGGAUUGCGGAGCGGUACCAGACCCAAGGACGGCUCAAAAGCAAAUCGGAUCCCAGCGCAUGACACCUCCUUUCCCAAAAUGACCAACAAAGGAUGGGUAGGCAAGCAGCGAAAUCCUCCCAAGCCCGCGGACACCCAGCCUCAACACACCCCAGUUGACGUCUUUGACAAGGCAUUCAACUCGGACGACUCGGACGUCAUUAUGGAAGACCCUCAACUUGCGCCUGUCACUAUACUCAAACGACCUUCGCCUACCACUCAGGAGAAGGACCGCGAAGCUCAGAAGUCUGGCAAACUGACAUCUUUAAAUUCUGAACAG